CUGGCAGUCGAAAUUCAGGCGCUCAGGCGAAAUUGCGGCGCACCGGCUUUUUGAAUCCGAACCGAAGGUGCGCGGAACUACCUUUGGCAUCCUGUAAGCAAGGACUUUAGGGGCGGCCAUGCGGCUGGUACUGCGGUACCUGGCAGCAACGCUCGGCAUUGGGCUCACCAUUCUAUUCUUCUGCUACGACCAAGACAACUCCAAGCACGACAGUCCCGUGGAGCUGGUCUGGUGGUCCAGGGACAUGUCCUGGAGCUACGACGAGGUGCGCCAGUGCGGCAUCCACACUUGCCGCAUCACCAACAGGCGCAGCCGGCUUCCGAUGUCCCGGGGCGUUCUAUUUUACGGCUCCAACGUGAAGACAGGCGACUUCCCACUUCCGCGAAGCAAGCAUCAAGUAUGGGCCCUACUGCAUGAAGAAUCUCCCAGGAAUGCUCCGUUCGUGUCGAAUGCUGAGUUCCUCCGGCACUUUCACUUCACCUCGACCUUCAGCCGCUUCAGCAACUUUCCGCUGACCACGCAGUACUUGCCCAGUGGCCAGGCACUCACCUCGAAGGACUACUUUGUUUCGUUUGCUGGAAAGUCCAAAUAUGCUUAUCGUCCGUCCCCAUCGGUAGUGUUCCUCCAAAGCGACUGCGACACGAUGUCUGGUAGGGAGGACUACGUUAAGGAGCUGAUGAAGCACCUCUCUAUCGAUUCGUACGGCAGCUGCCUGCGAAACAAAGAUCUGCCGGAAAGCCUGCAGAAGGACUAUCUGAAUAAUCUCUAUUCACCGGAGUUGCUGCGUUUUUUGUCCGAGUACAAGUUUAUGAUUGCCUUUGAGAAUGCUGCCUGUCCCGAUUACAUUACCGAAAAAUUCUGGCGUCCUUUGGUCAUGGGCGUGAUUCCCAUUUACUUUGGCUCACCAACAAUUAAAGACUGGCAGCCGAAUAAGAAGUCUGCAGUAUUUGUGAACGACUUUCCCAACCCACGGGCGUUGGCCAAGUUUUUGACCGAAUUGGGUGAAAACCAAACUAUGUACGAUUCGUAUCGCCAGCAUAAACUGAAUUGGCGGAACCCCAUCUUCAACAAGUAUCUCAUGCACAACCUCAUCACGCGUCGGUACCACAUCGGCGAUUCGUCUCCGGGAGCAUCACUCUUCGACAAAUUUGAGUGUGCGGUCUGCUACCAUGUGAUCAACACCGCCAGGGACGUAAUGGCCAACUCUCGCCACUACAACUGCCCCCUGGAACCGGAGUAUGCUCAACUGGAGGAUGGGAAAGUGCCGCAGAAUGUCGCCGACUGGCGAUCCAUGAUGGAGGUGGGCCAGUGCCAAGCGAAGGUACUGGACGAUUUUUUCCGCCGCAACCGCAGCUUCAAUGAAGCUGAUUUUGAGGGCGAACUCAGUCGGAGGAUGGAGGAAAAUCAAUGCAAAUAGAUUGUUAAAUGUGAAAGCUUACAUUAAGAACUCCAGACUGUAAUGGUACUCAGUUUACCGUGUGAUAAUACAUUUACAUAUUUACGAUA